CUGGAGCUGCUCAGACACUACGCAGCAUCAAAGUCCCGUAUUGACAUCGGGAGGUUCCUGAUAGAAAGGGGAGCAGACAUAAACGCCAAAGAUAAGGCGAACCAGAUGCCCUUGCAUCGAGCGGCAACGACUGGCUCUACAGGGUUCAUUGCCCUCCUACUUAAGCCUCCAGAAGGCUCAACGACUGCCAAACCACGACUGAACACGGGCGAUCGGAUAGGCAAUACGCCCCUUCAUCUCGCUAUGGACUCGGCUCAUGCACAAGCCGCAGUAAUGUUGAUUGAGGCAGGUGCUGACCGUGGCAGGACUAACUUGGAUGAAGUAACCCCUGAGAGCGUCGAUGGCGUCGGGGGCACCGAGCAGAGAAGGGCGAAGCAGUAUGUUAUUGAUCACUGCGGCGAGCCCUGAUUCAAAGUAGAUGGAGAAGUAGACACGAUAGAGGAGCGGUGGUACCAGUACCAGCCUUCAGGUUAUUCCUGUGGGUAUCCACAACAACUUCUAUUUGCACAAGGUAUAUCAGACUAUCCCACAUACAGUGGUGGUACAUGAACAGCAGUACAAAGGCGCACAAGGGCACGAACUGAAUAUCAAACUGCAAGGCGCUGUAUGAGAACCACGAAAGCGUAGAAAAUUACGAAGGUCCGUUGUGAGUAAGGUAGGUGGGAUGUUAGGAAUGUUAUGGAUCCGAAGAAAAUUAUCCAGCUUUAUGGUAAGACGCAGAUGAUGUA